AGACGUCCUACCUCUAGAGUCCCACUCCCCACCGAGCGAAGAAACCAACCGGCGAUGCUUUCCGCCGCCCGCCUCGCCGCCACGCUCCUCCUCCUCGCCCUCCGCGCCCCGCUGCCGGCCUCCGCCGCCCGUCCGAUCGUCGCCUCCGCCGCCCGUCCGAUCGUCGCCGCCGCCGCCAAGCCCGCCCCCGCCGACGCCGCCGCCACCGCGAGGUGGCUCGCCGCCCACAACACGUGGGGCGUGCUCAGCACAAUAUCAAGUGAUCUAAGUGGAGCUCCUUUUGGCAAUGUAGUUUCAUAUAGUGAUGGAGUAACAGGUGAGGGCCAUGGAAUCCCUUACUUCUAUCUGACAACGCUAGAUCCUACUGCAAGAGAUGCAUUGGAGGAUGAAAGGACCUCCUUUACCCUUAGCGAGUUCCCUCUUGGCACAUGUGGGAAGAUCGAUCCUGAGAACCCCACUUGUGCAAAACUUACUCUUACUGGAAAGUUGAAGUUGGUUGACCUUCAAUCAUCUGAAGCAGAUUUGGCCAAAGCAGCACUUUUUUCCAAACAUCCUGAAAUGAAGGAUUGGCCAAAGAACCAUCAUUUCCAAAUCUUCAAACUGGAAAUUGAGAACAUAUUCUUGAUCGACUGGUUUGGGGGUCCUAAACCUAUAUCCCCCACUGAAUACCUUGAAUAUGGGAAGGACAAGGCCUUGCUGAAGUCAUUUUAAGUGAAGGAUGUUUCAUGGAUCUAGUGAAGGAUGUUUCAUGGAUCUUGUAUGUAUGUGCUUUGUAAAGAUAAACAGUAUAUCCUUUAUUGCACACUGUACAUAAUGUGAGACAUAUCUUUCAUCUUAAAUAAACACGGUGUUCUAUCUAUCUAUGUUAAAUUCAUGGAAUUCCAACAAUUAAACAUAUGAACUGGUCUUGUCA